AUUAACCACAAGUUGAGGCAACUGCAACACCAACACAGAAAAGAACAACAUUACACGAGACAUGAACAGCAACAAUGCCGCCGCUGAUGGCCAAGGCAACCUUGGUUACUUUGUGAACCCUCUCAUUAUCUCCGGCGCCGGCAUCAUCUGCUCUUGUGUGGCCUUAGCGACGUACCACUUCAUCCUCUUCAGGCUUUGCCUUCAAGGCCGACGACAAUUGCGGCAAAUAGCUCAGCCAAUGAGCCCCCCUCCUGAUGACAUUCCCUGCGGCGUCGACCCUGAGAUCCUCAAGAAAAUCCCUAUUCUGCCUUACUCUCACAAGAAAGAUGACGCCUUUCGUCUGGACCAGACCGAGUGCGCUAUUUGCUUAGGCGAAUUGCAGGACGGAGAAAAGGUUCGAUUAUUGCCUUCUUGCAGUCACGCUUUUCACGUACCUUGUAUCGAUCUCUGGUUCACUCAAAAUUCCAAUUGUCCCAUUUGUCGAGCGCCAUUAGUCAUUGCCCCUGCGGCUUCAGAAGAUCAUGUUGCUGAUGCUGAGGAAAGGCAGUCUCAUCAACGUGAUCAUGAUCAUAAGAUUGCUGCUUCUGGUUCCACGUCACGAGCCCCUCGUGCUGCUUCCACGAUUCGGCAUUCUCUCUCUGUGGCGUAUCAUCACGCGCAGGAAAAUCCUCAUCAGGGUUCCAUGAUGGGGUUGAAGAGGUCUCUGUCCAUGGAUCAUUCGUCGUUUGUUUCUGUCAGCAUACAGAGGGAUGAGGAAAAUAAAGCUUCUGCUUCUUCUUCUUCCUCGCCCCCUGUCGCUACAGGAAUUGGGAUUGCGCAUGCUAAAGCGCUUGAUCAGGUAUCGUCCAUGUUGAUGAUGUCUUUCGCGCAGUUUCGGAAUAGUAGAAAUGAAAGAUCGAAAGGCAUUCUACCCAAUUGAGAUUUGUUUUUUCCCCACCCCCUAAAAAAAUAGAUUGCGUUGAAUGGGCUUCCUUACUCUCAUUCUUUCUCAAUUCAUUUCUGGCCUUUCCAAGAAUUCAACCGUAAUAAAUUUUCCCCCGUUA